GGUGGCGGAUCGCGGGACCCGGCCGAGCUGAUCACGGCGCGGGCUGCGGAAGCACAGCGGCCAGGCGGGGACCCCGGAGUGGAUCCCGAGCCGUGCCGCGCGGUGCCAUGAAGGGCAAGGAGGAGAAGGAGGGCGGCACGCGGCUGGGCGCCGGCAGCCCCGAGAAGACCCCCAGCGCGCAGGAGCUCAAGGAACAGGGCAACCGGCUCUUCGUGGGCCGCAAGUACCCGGAGGCGGCGGCCUGCUACGGCCGCGCCAUCACCCGGAACCCCCUGGUGGCUGUGUACUACACCAACCGGGCCCUGUGCUACCUGAAGAUGCAGCAGCCUGAACAGGCCCUAGCUGACUGCCGGCGGGCUCUGGAGCUGGAUGGGCAAUCUGUGAAGGCGCACUUCUUUCUGGGACAAUGCCAGCUGGAGAUGGAGAGCUACGAUGAGGCCAUCGCCAAUCUGCAGCGAGCCUACAGCCUGGCCAAGGAGCAGAGGCUCAACUUUGGGGAUGACAUCCCUAGUGCUUUGCGCAUCGCUAAGAAGAAGCGCUGGAACAGCAUUGAGGAGCGGCGCAUCCACCAGGAGAGCGAACUGCACUCUUACCUCACAAGGCUCAUCACAGCAGAGCGUGAAAGGGAGCUGGAAGAGUGUCAGCGGAAACACGAGGGUGAGGAGGACGAUAGCCAUGUCCGGGCCCAGCAGGCCUGCAUCGAGGCCAAGCACGACAAAUUCAUGGCAGACAUGGAUGAGCUCUUCUCUCAGGUGGAUGAGAAGAGAAAGAAGCGAGAUAUCCCUGAUUACCUGUGUGGCAAGAUCAGCUUUGAGCUGAUGCGGGAGCCCUGUAUCACACCAAGUGGUAUCACCUAUGACCGUAAAGACAUCGAAGAGCACCUGCAGCGUGUGGGCCACUUUGACCCUGUGACCCGGAGCCCUCUGACCCAGGAACAGCUCAUCCCCAACUUGGCCAUGAAGGAAGUCAUCGAUGCAUUCAUCUCUGAGAACGGUUGGGUAGAGGACUACUGAGACCCCCUUUGCCCUGUUGUGCCUCACAUCCUGACCCAGGAGGGUGCUGGGACAGAAGUCCCAGUCCUUGUACAAAGUUUGUGUCCCUGGGUUUGUCCCAGUCAGCUCUGCUGGUGGGCUCUGGACUGCUUCCCCUCUCAAUAUAUACCCUUGCUAGGCUUGAUCCUCCCAUCCCCUUUCUGGGCCAGAAAAGCUGGUGAGGGUGGGUUGGGCUAAGGCUUCUGCUGCUGCCACUGUCCUGUAAUAAAAUCUGUAAGCACUA